AUGAGCCAGGGUGAUGACUUCACAGGCCAUGAUGGACCUGGUGUCAGGUCCAUCUACAGGGAGAAAUUUGAGGAUGAGAAUUUCAUCCUGAAGCAUACAGGUCCUGGCAUCUUGUCCACGGCAAACGCUGGACCAAACACUAAUGGUUCCCAGGGUUUUAUAUGCACUGCCAAGACUGAGCAGCUGGGUGUCAACACAUGGCCUUUGGUAAAAGGGGGCAUGAACAUUGUGGAUGCCAUGGAGCAUUUUUGUGGAGCAUUUUGA